AUGGCCUCUUCGAGAUGGACUGCGGGAACUGCCUAUGUGAACAUAAUGGCAGCGACGUUUUGCCCAUGCUUCAGCUUUGGCCGCGGCGCCGAGCGCAUGAGGAUGUUCCCCGACACGGACGAGACCAAGCUGAAGAAUCUCAAUAGUCUGUGUCUCUCCCACUUCUUGGCCGGGUGCUGUGGCAUUUCCUUUGUCAUCGUUAUGCUCCAGCGUAGCCACCUCCGCCGACAGUUCGACAUUGAAGGGGACGUCUUUAGGGACUGCUUAUUGAACCUGGAAAUGAAGAAACGCGCAAUCAAGAAACAGAGUGCCGCCAUCAAGGCGGGCUACAUGGCGACUCCCGCCAUGGAACACGGCCUGGACGACCACCCUCUGCCAACUACGAAUGUACAGCCUCCCAAGAAGUCACACGCUCCCAACUCUUGA